AUGGCGGACAACGUGAUGGCGUCGCCGCCGAAGAAGAAGAAGCUCCCCUUCAAACCGACUGCCUUGCGUCGCAGUGCACCCAAGCCCGCGCCUGUGGCUGAAGGCAAUGGAAAUGACGAUGACAGCCUGAGCCUGUUUCGCCGGUCUAAAGAGAUGGCACCCAUUGUCGCCGCAGACCGAGAGCGGCGCAUGAAGCGGGCCGCGCAGAAGCAGCGCGAACUGGACUCCAAGGCUCAUGACAAUGAACCGCGGUCCUCGGGGGGAGAAAAACGACCACACGAGGACGAUGAUGGACCUAAUUUCUUCGACGACCCACGCUCAGAUGGCACUGAACCGCGGGCAGCAGAAGCGGAGAGCAGUCGGGCUAUGGAGGAGCCGGCAACCCAGACGAUAGAAGAUCGCGCGAGUGAACUCGUCACCCCUCCCCCGUCCAAACGAUCGAGACACGGCACCGGCUCCGACAAGAAGCACAGCAUCAUUAUAGAAGAAACCGAAGCAGCCUCCGACGCCUCACCAUCGACCAGGCGUAUGCGCUCCCGCCCUGAUCCCGAAGUCCCAGUUGGACCACCCCGAACCGAGAGCUUCACGUUCAGAGGCGCUCCCCUGAUUUCCCUCGACUCCGACUCCGAAGACGAUGUUAAGCCUAUAGUCGCAGCCUUGCGUCGUCGCAACCCCAGCAUUGAGAUGUUGGACAGCGCCUCCCCUCAGCCGUCAUCACCACCGCCACCGGCCGAGGAUGACGAGUUCGCAGAAUAUGUGCUCAAGGCUGAACAGCGGCGCGCGAAAGAUCAGGCUAUGCUUCGGGCGACGGAGGGUGGCUCGCAUACGAAGGAGACGACCGAGAUAUUCGUUACAUCCGAGCUACCAGAAGGAAGCCCAAUUCUCGUCAAAUUCCUCUUCGACAAGCCCCUUCGCAUAGUACGAGACACAUGGAUCGCCAUGCAACGAAGUAAGGGCGUCGACAUUCCGAUGGACCAGAACGACGAUGUGGUUCUCACGUGGCGGCGCCAGAAGGUCUACAGCUACUCUACGCUCCUCAGUCUCGGCAUCCGACCCCAAGCCGACGGGCGCCUCGCAGCAGAUGCGCAUGGCGCUGCUGGCCUCCUCGAGUCCCGCACCCGUGUGCACUUGGAGGCCUGGACGCCCGAUCUCUUCCAGGAAAUGGAGCGUGAAGAGGACCUCCGACGGAAGCGUGAGGCCGGCGAGUUGUCAGACGAGGAGGCCGCCCCUGAGGUGGCCCCCGAGCCCGAGAUCAAGAUCAAGGUCAUAUUGAAAGCGCGCGACCUCGAGGACGUCAAGUUGACGGUGCGCCCGGAGACGACGGUUGAGACGCUGGUAACGGGAUUCCGCACGCAGCGUGAUGUCGGUGCCAACCAGGAGGUCAGCUUAUGGUUUGACGGCGAGAGGCUUGAGGAGCAUGUUACGAUGGAUGACGCUGAGAUUGACGACAUGGACACGAUUGAAGUGCAUAUCAAGUGA